AUGGGGUCUCGUAAAGAAGAAGAAUGCGAGAGGGAUCUGGAGAAGGGACAUUCUCCACCCCCAGCUCAGUUUGCCGAGACAAUACCGCCCCCUUCUCCGACGACGCCAAGGCCUGCUCUGAUUCUAUCCAAUUCAGGGAAGGCCUUGGUGGUGUCCAAUUCUGGCAAGUCUCUUGCUGGUUCUAAUUCCGGGAAGCGAUUUGAUAAAAAGAAGUACGUGAAACAAGUCACUGGUCGCCACAAUGACACUGAGCUACACCUGGCGGCACAGCGUGGUGAUGUUGGAGCAAUCAGGCUGAUAAUGGCAGAAAUUGAUGCUCAGAUGAUGGGGACACUUAGUGGAGCAGAAUUUGAUGCUGAGGUGGCAGAAAUAAGGUUAGCGGUUGUGAAUGAGGUGAAUGAGUUGGGAGAGACGGCAUUGUUCACUGCAGCUAAGAAGGGGCAUUUGGAUGUGGUUAAGGAGCUGUUACAGUAUACGGAUAAGGAGGGCAUUUCAUUGAAGAAUAAAUCUGGGUUCGACCCAUUGCAUAUUGCAGCAAACCAAGGUCAUCAAGCCAUUGUCCAGGUGCUAUUGGACCACGAACCAGGGCUAAUUAAAACAGUUGCACAAGCAAAUGCCACCCCUCUUGUAUCUGCAGCUACAAAAGGGCAUACAGCUGUAGUUAAUGAAUUGCUCAGCAAAGAUCCUAGCUUGCUAGAGGUAUCAAAAGCAAAUGGAAAAAAUCCAUUACACUUUGCUGCCAGGCAAGGGCAUGCCGAUAUUGUUAAAGCAUUGCUUGACAAGGAUCCACAAUUGGCAAGAAGGACUGAUAAGAAAGGGCAGACAGCAUUGCAUAUGGCAGUCAAAGGGGUUAGCUGUGAGGUGGUGAGGUUGCUUCUUAGGGCAGAUUCAGCCAUUGUCAUGCUCCCGGACAAGUUUGGUAAUACAGCGUUACAUGUGGCUACUAGGAAAAAACGGACAGAGAUAGUGAACGAACUUUUACACAUGGCUGAUACUAGUGUGAAUGCGCUUACAAGAGACCAUAAAACAGCUCUUGACAUAGCGGAAGGGCUUCCACUUUCUGAGGAAAUUGCUGAAAUAAAGGACUGUUUGUCUCGUUUUGGCGCUGUCAGAGCAAACGAGCUAAACCAGCCAAGAGAUGAGCUGAGGAAAACUGUGAAAGAGAUUAAGAAAGAUGUGCAUACCCAGCUUGAACAAACCCGCAAAACAAACAGAAAUGUGAACGGCAUUGCCAUGGAGCUGCGUAAACUUCAUAGGGCAGGUAUUAACAAUGCCACCAAUUCAGUCACAGUGGUAGCUGUGCUUUUUGCAACAGUAGCAUUUGCAGCUAUUUUCACAGUACCUGGGGGUGAUAAUGACGAUGGAAUGGCUGUUGUCGUCAGCACAGCAUCAUUUAAGAUGUUCUUCCUUUCUAAUGCGACUGCACUCUUCACUUCACUAGCUGUUGUGGUGGUACAAAUCACACUUGUAAGAGGAGAGAUGAAAUCAGAGAGAAGGGUUGUGGAGGUGAUCAAUAAGCUGAUGUGGUUGGCUUCUGUCUGCACUACUAUUUCAUUUAUUUCUUCAUCGUACAUAGUGGUUGGUCGACAUAACAAGUGGGCUGCAAUUCUUGUAACAGUUAUCGGAGGAGUAAUCAUGGCAGGAGUUCUUGGCACCAUGACUUAUUUCGUUGUUAAAAACAAAAGGAUUCGAAAAGUCAAAAAGAAAGAGAAGAUUUCAAGGAAUCAAACACACUCACGGCGUUUAUCAGAUUCUGAUACAGAAGUGAACACAAUCUAUGCCAUUUGAUGCCCAUACUAAUUGGGAUUGGCUUAUGAUGCCAGUACUUGUAACUUGUAUACAAGGAAAUGAGUGAAGCAGAAAAGGGGGCAGUUUUGUG